AUGACGGCAUGCGUGCCAGCUGACGUGUGGCACCUGUGCCAGCCGCCACGAUACCAGACGGCGGCCUGCGCGACAUCCACGUUCUUUCACCAUGUGCUUCAUGCGGACCCACCCAAUGUGGUUGUCAUCUUUGUACCAAACACGUCGCUGCCGCCGGAGUUCCGGUUCCACCCGACGAACGAGGAGCUCAUCCUGCACUACCUCUGCAACCGUGCCGCAGCCGCACCGUGCCCCGUCCCCAUCAUCGCUGACCUCGACAUCUACAACUUCGACCCAUGGGACCUCCCUUCCCAGGCGGUGUACGGCGACAGCAAGUGGUACUUCUUUAGCCCGCGGGACCGCAAGUACCCUAACCGCAUCCGCCCCAACCGCGCCGCCGGCUCCGGCUACUGGAAGUCCACCGGCACCGACAAGCCCAUCCACGACGCCGCCACCGGCCAGGCCGUCGGCGUCAAGAAGGCUCUCGUCUUCUACAAGGGCCACCUGCCCAAGGGCACCAAGACGGCAUGGAUCAUGCACGAGUACCGCCUCGCCAUCGACCCCCUCGCCGUCGUCGUCAACACCUACAGCCCCAUCAAGUUCCGCAACGUAUCCAUGAGGGUAUGUAUGUAAUGUGGCUUCCAUCUCUGUAACAAACAACAACAAAAAAUAAGCAAAAGAUUAUACACACAAAAACUGCAUAGCUGAUGUAAUUUCCAUCUCAUACAAACUUUGCACGCAGGGAAGAAAAAAGGAGGGAGCAAAAAUAAUGGAUCCUCAGUUUCUGAUUGUGAUUGAUGUUGAGGCUCAUGACACAUGUUUGUUCCUCCUAUGACACAUAUUGUGGGUAGUGCUUGUGCUUUACAUUACCCACCCCUCCACCUGCUGGUUGAUGGUUUGGUUGACAUGUUGUUUGAAGAGAUCUUCAAUAUGUAACUGACCUAGUUGGGAUGUUUACUACUUCCAAUAAAAAAUGCCCUGGUUUCCACUAUGU